UUGGAGGAGGCCAACUCUAGUCUUGACCUCGUGCUCAAAGUGAACGUUUACUUGACGGACAUGAGCAAUUUCGCGGAGUUCAACAAGGGCUACGCUAAAUACUUCAAAGACCACAAGCCUGACAGAACCUGUGUGGCCGUGAAGCAGCUCCCAUUGAAUCUUCCAAUGGAAAUGGAAGUUGUUGCCGUCCACAAAUAA